AUGACUGCAGAAGCGCAGCAGGCUCUGUCCUCUCAGCCCCCUCCUCCUCCGGUGCACAGCAGCUACGGCCCCAUGUCCUCCGUGGCGGAGAAGCAGCCGCAGAGCUCGGCCAUGGACGCCGCCUCCGCGGGGACCGGCGGCGCGGCCGGCAGCGCCCCGGGCAGCGGCGGGGCCCCGGGCAGCGGCGGCCCCAAGGCGAAGAAGACGAACGCGGGGAUCCGGCGGCCGGAGAAGCCGCCUUAUUCCUACAUCGCCCUCAUCGUCAUGGCUAUCCAGAGUUCUCCCUCCAAACGCCUGACCCUCAGCGAGAUCUACCAGUUCUUGCAGAGCCGCUUCCCUUUCUUCCGAGGCUCCUACCAGGGCUGGAAAAACUCGGUGCGCCACAACCUCUCGCUCAACGAGUGCUUCAUCAAGCUGCCCAAGGGCUUGGGACGCCCGGGCAAGGGCCACUACUGGACCAUCGACCCGGCCAGCGAGUUCAUGUUCGAGGAGGGCUCGUUCCGCCGCCGGCCCCGCGGGUUCCGGAGGAAAUGCCAGGCGCUGAAGCCCAUGUACAGCAUGAUGAACGGGCUCAGCUUCAACCACCUCCCCGACAGCUACGGCUUCCAGGGCUCGGCCGGCGGGCUCUCCUGCCCCCCCAACAGCCUCUCCCUCGAAGGGGGCUUGGGGAUGAUGAACGGGCAUUUGUCCAGCAACGUGGAGGGGAUGGGCCUGGCGGGACACUCCGUGCCCCACCUGCCCGCCAACGGUGGGCACACCUACAUGGGCGGCUGCACCGGCUCCUCGGCCGGGGAAUACCCGCACCACGACGGCUCCGUGCCCGCAUCCCCGUUGCUCCCCGCCGGCGGCGUGAUGGAGCCGCACUCGGUUUACUCCAGCUCGGCCUCGGCGUGGGCGCCCAGCGCCUCGGCGGCCCUCAACACCGGCGCCUCCUACAUCAAGCAGCAGCCCCUCUCGCCCUGCAACCCCACGGCCAACCCGCUCUCCUCCAGCCUCUCCACGCAUUCCCUCGACCAGCCCUACCUGCACCAGAACAGCCACAACACCGCCGACCUUCAAGGCAUCCCGCGGUAUCACUCGCAGUCUCCGAGCAUGUGCGACAGAAAAGAAUUCGUCUUCUCUUUCAACGCCAUGGCCUCCUCCUCCAUGCAUUCAGCGGGCAGCGGCUCCUAUUACCACCAACAAGUGACAUACCAGGACAUCAAGCCGUGCGUUAUGUGAGCCGGGGCGGAAAAACCCCCGCUGCUGGGGCCGGCCGGGGGGUUUGAGCAUCCCCCAGGACUCUCGGGGUGCCACAGGGGGUGAAGCGAGUCCCAGCCGCAUUUUGGGCAGCAGGAACGGCGGCGGCAGAGCCGGUGCGGCCCCGGGAGGAGCGGAGCAUCGGCCGGCAGUGAGAGCCCGCAGCGUCCGUGCCUUCUUCUGCUCGGGGAGGGAUGCAGGAGACAGCAAAAGCAGCCCCCGCGCACAUCCCGAAAGCCCCGGCUGCGAGUUUGGGGUGAGGCUUUGCCAAAUGAGGUUUUGAUGCUUCUUUUUAAAAAAAAAAACAAAAAAUGAAAUCGCAAACUCAGUUUGGGAGUGUUGGCAGUGAGCGAUGCCACCGGCUCGGGCUGAGUGGGCUGGGAAAGACCCCGAACUCAAAUUCCCUCGGUGCCGUCUCACUUCGAACCCGGAAAAAUACUUUAAAUUUUUUUUUCCUUCUUUUUUUUUUUUUUUUAAAUUUUUUUUCUUGCCGGCCAACACCCAGCGGGCAAAAAAAAAAAAUCUCUCAGAGGGAUUUUUAGGAACUAUUAAUUUUGGUUUUUUUUUGCCUGCAUAAAGACUGCAGGAUCAGACCCUAUGCAGAGAGAACAAGGCACUUUGGAAAGAGACAGCCAUGCUCAUCCUGUUAUUUAUUCUACAAUUCUUUUUUUUGUUGUUGUUGUUGUUGUUGUUGCUAAUAAUCGAGACACGAAUAGUCUCAGUUGAUCAGUAUUAAAUCGGGGAAUCUCUGUUGGCAAUAUUUGCCAUAUAGAUUUGGGGUUUUUUUAGUUAACCUUUGUAAAUUUGCAAGCGACCGUGGUCUCUGUGUAAAGACAAUCCUCCAUAUGUUUUUAUAGAAAUAUAUAUAUAAUGAAGGAUUAUUCCCCUCCCUCCCCUCUCUAUUUUUUUUUCCACCCACCCUGACGUUGUACAGUUCGGUGACACCUAUUUUAAUUCUUUCUGCACUGUAUAAAAUUGUAAUUAUGUGGGUUUGUUUUUUUUGAUUUUUUUCGCCUUUUUUUUUUGUGUAUGUUUUGUCCCUAAAGAAAAAAAAAAUCCCGAAAUAAAACCUGUAUGUUAUUUGUA